CAGAAACUUCUGAGCAGCCUCAGCUGCCGGGGCUGAGCACGGGGGACGGCCGGGGAAGGCAGUGCCGAGGGGAACGGCCGUGACAACACGGAGUGAUCCUGCGGGAGGAAACACGGAGCUUGCAGAGGGGAAGGAUUAGCUUUUGGGAAAACAUUGGCAGCUCCCCGGGCCGGGAGGCUGCAGUCAGUGCCAGACAGGAAGCGGCUGACGUGGAAGUGCCGGCUGGCCGGGAUUAUGAAUGGCCAGAGGUGCCUUCCAGCCACACUGAGCCCUCCUCGCCCUGCCCUGCCCUGCCCUUCCCGAGAUCAGGACCAGAUGAGCAGAGGGAGGUUUCUGUGAAGAUCAGAGUCACCCCAGCCCUGCCCUGGGAAGUGGCCGCGCCUCCGGCUGUCACCGCUGCGGGCCUGGAAGAGACACGAGAGAAGGAAAAUGUCCCACGCUUUAAAGCAAGUGUUCAAUAAAGACAAAACCUUCCGGCCCAAGCGCAAGUUCGAGCCGGGCACUCAGCGGUUUGAGCUGCACAAGAAGGCCCAGGCCUCGCUCAACGCCGGCCUGGACCUGAAGGUGGCCGUGCAGCUGCCGCCGGGCGAGGAGCAGAACGACUGGGUGGCCGUGCACGUCGUGGACUUCUUCAACCGCAUCAACCUCAUCUACGGCACCAUCAGUGACUAUUGCACGGAGCAGUCCUGCCCCGUCAUGUCGGGGGGCCCCAAGUACGAGUACCGGUGGCAGGACGAGCACAAGUACCGCAAACCCACGGCCCUGUCUGCGCCCCAGUACAUGAACCUGCUCAUGGACUGGAUCGAGGUGCAGAUCAACAACGAGGACAUCUUCCCCACCAACGUCGGUACUCCCUUCCCCAAGAACUUCCUCCCAGUGGUGAAGAAGAUUCUCUCCAGGCUCUUCCGGGUGUUUGUCCACGUCUACAUCCACCACUUCGACAGGAUCACCCAGAUGGGCUCGGAGGCCCACGUGAACACCUGCUACAAGCACUUUUACUACUUUGUGAAAGAGUUCAAUCUCAUAGACACCAAGGAGCUGGAGCCCCUGAAGGAAAUGACUUCCCGGAUGUGCCACUGAGCUCAGACCUUCUGCUCCCACCUCGGCACCUCCCGAGGACUCCGAGCCCCAAUCCCAUAUUGGAGACGUGAUCCAAGGGCAGAACAGAGACGUUUCGUUUAAGAAAUUAUAUAUUUUUAAUGAGUUUCAAUGUCAAACUGUGAUACUGCAGGAAUAUUUUUUUAAAGAUGCUCUAGAUUAACUAAUUUUUUAUAGUAAUUUCUAUAAAAAAGAAAGAAAAUA